AUGACGCCACACAAACACAACAAGACGCCACAAGCAUACCCCACAGCCGAUCUGAGGAGGAACCUGUGCAGGAACCCUGAUGGGGACCGCGCCCCCUGGUGCUACACCACGGAUCCCAAAGUCCGCUGGGAGUACUGCAACCUGGAGAAGUGCUCCGCCAAGCCCCCCCCCGGGCAGCCCAGCUCCCCCCCGGAGCUCCAGGCCACCCAGACCCCGACGGACAGAGACUGCAAGGAAGGAAAUGGAGACACCUACCGAGGGCCCACCUCCAUGACGGUUUUGGGGGUCACCUGCCAGGCGUGGAGCGCCCAGAGCCCCCACCAGCACAACAGCUUCACCCCGGAGACGCACCCCACCAAGGGCCUGGAGGGCAACAGCUGCAGAAACCCGGACAACGACGCCAACGGGCCCUGGUGCUACACCACCGACCGCAGCAAGAAGUGGGACUACUGCCAGAUCCCCGACUGCGCUGGAAUGAAUUGUGGGACACCAGUUGUCAAACCGAAGCGCUGUUUCGGUCGUAUUGUUGGCGGUUGUGUGUCUAAAGCUCACUCGUGGCCCUGGCAAAUCAGCCUCCGGACCAAUACCGGAAUCCAUUUCUGUGGAGGAACUCUGAUUCACCCUCAGUGGGUCGUCACUGCCGCCCACUGCCUGGAGAGGUCGAAGAGGCCCUCGGCCUAUCAGGUGGUGCUGGGGAUCCACCAGGAAGCAGCCAGAGAGUCGUCCAAACAGAUACGACAGCUGGAGAAACUGGUGCUGGGACCCGACCGGGCCGAUAUCGCUCUGCUCAAACUGGACCGACCCGCCCUAAUAAAUGACAAAGUGCUUCCUGUAUGUCUGCCAGAAAAGGACUACAUUGUUCCCAGUAGAACCGAGUGUUAUGUCACUGGAUGGGGGGAAACUCAAAAUACAGGAGGUGAGGGUCUUCUGAAAGAAGCUGGUUUCCCCGUUAUUGAGAAUAAGAUUUGCAACCGUCCGUCCUACCUGAACGGAAGAGUCAAAGAUCAUGAAAUAGUCAAAGAUCAUGAAAUGUGUGCAGGAAACAUCGAGGGAGGAAUAGACAGCUGCCAGGGAGACAGUGGCGGUCCUCUGGUUUGUUAUGCUCAGAACCGGUUCGUCCUCCAGGGAGUGACGUCCUGGGGCCUGGGGUGCGCCAACGCCAUGAAACCCGGCGUCUACGCUCGGGUCUCCAAGUUUGUCGACUGGAUAGAGAAUACCAUCCAAACCAACUAA